AUGAGCUCCAUAGUAGAGGAUCCCGGCAUACCUCUCGUAGGUGUCAACAAGCGCUAUAAGAUGUAUCGCGACUACACGAGCUUUGAGCGCCAGGAGCUGAAAUCCAAACGCUUCGCCACCGUAGGCAGUAGACUGGCGAAGCGAAAGGAACUGUUUCGAAAACGGAAACAAGUAUGUGACAUCGCUUUAGGGCUAGCCAUUGCAGGCAUCGUGUUCAUGGUCAUAGAGACUGAACUGGACUUCGCCGGCUACAUCACGCGAUCGUCGUUGGCGUCCUACCUGCUGAAGAUGUGCAUUACGGCCAGCACGGUGGCGUUGCUCAUAUUCCUGGCCAUGUACCACCGCGUGGACAUCCAGCUGUUCACCGUCAACAACAGCGUGGACGACUGGAGGCUGGCCAUGAACUGCAGGCGGGUCUUUGGGAUGACGCUGGAGUUUAUAAUAUGCGUCAUUCACCCCAUACCCGGGAAGUUUUACAUGACGUGGACGACCAUGAAUUCGGAUUCCAAGAACGACAGCAAGACCGUGUCGGUUCCAGUGGACGUUAUGCUGUCCCUGCCCAUGGUUCUGCGCCUUUACAUCGUCAGUAGGACGAUACUUCUCCACAGCAGACUCUACCAAGAUGCGUCCUCCCAGAGCAUUGGUGCCUUAAACAGAAUCCACUUCAACUUCAGGUUUAUAUUCAAAUCUCUCAUGGCUCUGUAUCCGGACUAUUUGCUAGCAAUAAUCAUGGUGUCUAUGUUAACCAUAGCCAGCUGGUCUCUCCAUCUAUGCGAGAUGUAUGGGGACGCUGUGCACGCCAACUUUCUCAACUCGAUGUGGAUGAUAGCAAUCACGUUCCUUACAAUCGGGUACGGAGACAUAGUCCCGACGUCCUACUGCGGGCGCGGCAUCUCGGUCGUUACUGGUAUCAUGGGCGCCGGCUGCACGGCUUUGGUGGUGGCCGUUUUGGCGCGAAAGUUAGAGUUGUCGCGGUCGGAGAAGUACGUGCACGACUUCGUCCUUGACAUUGACUUGGACAAGCGUUUGAAGAACGAAGCUGCCAAUGUGGUCAAGUACGGAUGGUUCGUGUAUAAAUUCAACAACACGACUAAAACCAAUCCGACAAAAGGUGCUCAACUGUUGAGGCACCAAAGAAAGCUACUCCAGGCCAUAUACAACAUCCGGGAAAUUAAGUGUUCUCAGCGCCGUCUGAUGGACCAAUCUGUGACGUUGGUAGAGGUCAAUAAAACUCAGUCAGACAUGUCCGAUGGGAUUGACCAAGUGAAACUCAGGCAGGUCGCGCUGGAGGAGAAAGUAAACUGUAUAGAAGGGAAAGUCUCGUUAAUUUACGACCACGUUCUUUCCAUAAGUUCGCGACUUCCACACAAAAUAGAUUAAUUUAAUAGACAAGGUCAUUACUUAAUUAUAUAUUCCAAAUGCCACAUACAUACACACGUUAUUAUAGUAGAAGUGUUUUGCACAGAGUGCUCUUAAUGGCAGUGGAUGGUGGUAAUUUCUCUGUUGUAAGUACAUUAGGUAUAGUGCUGGAUUGUUGCACAUGGGGUUCAUGGUUCGAAUACCCUCAGCUGACGUUGAUUUUUCUGUUACAUUACAAUUGUUGUUAGGACCCCUUUCUCUCUUCUUGUUUUUUGGUUUCGAAUAUUAUUCUGCCCCGUUCACAGGCAGCAGGACUCAACAUUAUGGAUGAUUGUUUUAAAAAUAACUUUGCGGACAUCACUCUGCAACUGCAAGUUAACAGACGCAUUUGACCACACCUACACAAACUGCUAAAUUGAUAACGGUGUUGUUAGAAAAAAGCAUCGAACGUUUUAAUGUUCACAUUGGAUUAAAUUAAAAUCAAUACUUCCUUAGUUACCAACAUGGCGUCCAUAACAACUAGAAAAUCUGUUGCAGUUUGUCUUUUUUUUUUUUUUUUUUUUUUUUUUUUUUUUUUUUUUUUUUAUCGGAACUACACAGCUAUAUCGGAAGUAAUCUGCAACAUCUAAUACAUCUUAAAAUGGCAAGAUGUAUUUGUGCAAAUCUCAAAUGAUUUCAUCAUCCUGGAAAUAGUCUCAAAUAACUUUUAUUGAUUAACCUAGCUGUUUGGGACUUAAGAACAUAAAGAUGUAUACAGGAUGUGACAUUUUAGGUUCGGUAGUUAGCUAUAAUUUAUUUUAAAAGAGAGAGAGAGAGAGAGAGAGAGAGAGAGAGAGAGAGAGAGAGAGAGAGAGAGAGAGAGAGAGAGAGAGAGAGAGAGAGAGGUGUGUGAUCUUUUUACUUCAAUGUGCUUAAAACACAGCAAUGAAGUUAUUUACUGAAUCACAUGUAGUUAUAAUUCCUUUUAAACAACGAGAAUCCAUUUUUGUAAUAUAACGGUGCAAAAAUGCAUUUUGUAGUAGCCAAAAAAUUUAUUAUCAACUGAAGGCUAUUUAGUUUUAAUGUUUACCUCGUGCACUCGUAGGUCAUAAAAGUGAUGUUAAUUGAACUGCACCUCCAGAUAAAACUGCACACCCAAGUUUAAUCGUCCAUUUAAAAGGUUUACUUGCCGUGUUAUUUGGAGUAGUAAUGGUGUCUUACGGUUCGAUUCAGGGAGUUUUCUAACUUUAGAAUUCCAUUAUAGUUGGUGUUGUGCUUCCACAUAUUACCAAAGAAAAAAUACAUAUUUAAUUUCAGAAACGAAUAAAAAGGUGAUUUGAUAAUGCCCAUUAAUCAGUACAUUUUAACUGGUGCAUUUUUAACUAGUAUCCAUUUCCUUUCGUCUUACAUACUUAACUACAAAGAUUAUCAGACUCCACCUUCGGUCCUUUUUUGUAUCCAUUAUAAUUUACAGACUGAGAUGAAUGGUUAAUGGCAGGUAUUAAGGUCGAAGACCCUAGUUUCAACUGGACACUAAGUCUUGCUUAAUCUACAAACCUGUAACACAUUUGUAUGAGAUACAACAGAGUGAAAUAAAGAGUCUAUAACGUUGAAAUCAUAACCCUUACCUCUCACGUGCGGGUUUAAUCAUAAUUAUGACAAAUUGCAUUUCGUGUAAUUAGAAACACCAGGAUGACCAGAAACACUUCGGAUGUACGGAAAUGGAUAAUUUAAACAUUAAAAUAUAAUGCUAGGCUCUGAUUACCAACUGCCAGCAACGCGUUGGUAUUAUGCUAAGCUAAGACUGUCAACUGUUACGACGAAAUUGGCCAACUCGAGGGUUGCAUUGUAUCCUUAACUCCCGACUUACGACGGGUUCGCUCAGAUUAACAACUAAUGGGUUAUACGACGAGAAUCAAGUUGUAAAAGCUCUCAGACUAGCAACUGGAAGUUGUGACAGCAGAAAUUUGGCCAACUUUAUGCUGGCAGUUUGUAGUCUGCACCUAGCAUAAGUAAUGUCUGAUUUUAAUUAUCAAAAAACGGAUCUAAUAGUGAAGAGUACGACGUAGUGUUUAAAAACAAGGGUCUGUCAUUUUAACAUCCAGGAACUUACACAUCUUAAUAGACCGAAUCGUACAUACCCUCGCUCUCUUCGAUUUAAAGCCGGUCCAGGAACUUAUCACAUCUUAAUAGACCGAAUCGUACAUAUCCUCGCUCUCUUCGAUUUAAAGCCGGUGCAGGAACGCAAACACAGUACCCAUUAAAUAAAACCCAUUGACAUAAUUAUCUCGAGCUAGGGUUGUCUCAUCAGAAGCGGCUGUUGUUCUUUUUAGGACUGACCGUGCCAAAUAUCUGAUAUUUUCCCAGCAGUACCUAUUUUUGACUGAAGAAAAGGAAAUAAAAUUUUUACGUUUAAUCAACGACUAUUAAGUAUGAAGUACUUACAACACGUGAUUUAGAGUGUUAGCUAAAAAAAAGAAAAAGAAAAACUAUUACUACAACAAACGCAAUUUUUUAAAUCACCAUUAAUACGUCUUUUUUGUGCACUUUAUUUCAUUCAAAACAUUAUAUACCAUGUUAUUUGAUAUAUCAGUUAUAAAGAACUGAUUGGGAUCAGAAUGGAAUCGCCUAAGAGUUUCGAUCCUAGGAUAUAUAGCACACCAGGGUCCCGGUCCCUCAAAUAUUUGUCCUGGACGGAGGAGCCGGCUGAGGCCGGCACAUGUGCCCAGGACAGGCGUGCGCUACAACAGCUUGCUCUGAAUGUGCACGUUAAACAAAAAUUUCUUCCUUCCUUCCGGUUUGCGAAGCGAUAUUAGCUCUAAGAUCAACUUAAUGCAUUAGAUAGCUAGGCACUUAAGAUGAUUUUAGCACUAAGAUCGCUUCGUAAAACAGGGUCCAAGUGAACAUUAUACCACUGCCCUACAUCCAGCUAUCACUAGUUUCAAACAUGUUUUCAACCUUACUGUGCACGAUAUAUUAGUUUUACUAUUUACUAAACAUUACAACAAAAUACUUGAUCAUUUGGAAAAAGUAUGUCACUAAGGUGGGGGGGUUUUUUCUUCACUUUUACGAUGUUUGAAGAAAGGGAUAAAAGGCAACCGUGACAUACUCCGGUGUUGUUAAAAUAUUUUGAUACAUUGAUAAUGUGAACACUCUUUCGGAUAUCUGUCUUAAAGUGUAGAGCAAUUUUAACCAGGUUUCCUGUAAAAUACAUAAGUAUAAUAAUAUUGUUUAUCGAUACACUUGCAUCAUCUGUACCACACGUUCUCUUGAUAUCUAUAAAGUAUAUAAUAACAUC